AUGUACAUCUGGGGAGUUGGAACAUGGGCCAUUGAUGACCAUUGGCAAAGGAACCGCUCAUUUCAAAGCCUUGACCAGCAAUUGCGUGCUGAACACGUAAGAGUAUCCGGUGAUGGUGAGCACGCUGAUCAAGUUGAAGAACAGACUAAUUCCAUGGUACUUGCCGAACUGUUUGGUCAAUGCGGCAAUUUUCUGGGCAGUCUCCUCGCUUCUCUCGGCCUCAGGAAGGUCCUCCAAAGCGAACCGUUCAGCCUUGAGUCUCGAGCAAACCGGCAACAACCACAGGUAGUUGACAAAUCCCGAUAUGGAAGAAACGGCCAACAAGGCAAGUCCGGUGGUUGGAAUCGAGUAUGGGGCAGUGAGACCAACAACUAUCGGACCAACAGACUGGGUCAGGAAAUGGAUAGGAAACAGCUUGGACUGCAGAAGACCAAACUCCUUACGUGGCAACACCUUGAAAGCUCUCACGGACGAGAUGAACGAGUGGAAAGAGGUCGCACCAAAAACAUAGGAAGUGUGGUUGGUUCCAGAGGAGUAAUCACCGCAACUUUCUGGCGAGUAAGCGCCCACAAACACAGAGCCCGCGUGGUCGACCUUGUCGACGUACUUCUCGGCCUGUUCGAUCUGCAGGAUCAGGUGCUCCGGAGCGUAUCUGUUGCUCAUGUCCAAAGCGUCGUCAUACGAUUUGACUGCGAUCGUGGUAGAGUGGGCAAUACACUGGCGCACAAUAUCGACCCGCGGCAGCUCGAGGGCCUGGCGGUGGACAGCGUCGUCGAUCUUGUCGAUCUCCUCGGAUGUCAUGUCCACGGCGAUCAGAAUCACCUGCGAGUCGACACCGUGUUCUGCCUGGGACAGCAAGUCAGAGGCAACAAAGUCUGGGUCGGCGUGCUUGUCGGCGACAACGAGCACCUCAGAAGGCCCAGCAGGCAUGUCGAUGGCACACAUGGCGCUCGAGUCGUUCGAAACAAGCAUCUUGGCAGCAGUGACAAACUGGUUACCAGGUCCCAUGAUCUUGUCGCACUUUGGCACAGACUCUGUUCCAUAGGCCAUUGCAGCAACAGCCUGCGCACCUCCAGCAAGAACAAUACACUUAGCUCCCACCUUGUGUGCAACCAGAAAACACCCGGACACGUCUCCACGGUGAGAGUCUCUGUCUGGUUCUGGGCGGCGUGGAAUUUCUUGAUGUUGGCAAAAGAAAUGUCGAUGGCCUCUUUGAUGUCGUCGGUGACCUUCAUCAUCUCCUCUGGGAAUGGAGCGUUCAGCACAGGCGAGGCGAGCUCCACCUUGUCGAACUUGGCGGUCAGCUCAACCAAUGCAGAGUCUCCCUCCUUUCUCACCUUCUCCACGAUCGGAGUCACCAGGUUCAUGAUGUCGGCAGACUUCUGGAUAGGUCUUUGCAAACACUGGUCGAUCUCGGCCUUGGUGGCAGUCGUAGCAUCCACGCGGCCCAUCACGAUACGAGCAGACUCGUCGACCUUCUUUGGUUCUGGCCUGGUCUCUUUCUUUGGCUCUUCCUUGACGUAUUUUGGCUUAGCGUCGCCCUUUCUUCUGGUCACCUUCAACGACUUGAGAUCAAGGUUUCUCUCGAUAUCUGUCAACGAAACAUCGUACUUGACACACUUGGUCAGAGCAAAAUAG